AACGAUCAGCGGCAAAUGUCGUCUCCUCCUGGACCCUACUCCGGCACCAGCACUCUCGCCUUGGUGAGGAAGGUGGAUAUGCUUGAAGAAGUCACUGUUAUCUGGUCUGAGAAGGUUAAGGACGAAUUGGUGUUGGAUGGCAAUGACAUUGAGCUUGUUUCCCGAUCUGCUGCCCUGAUAAACCAAAAAUGCCAUGUGAAGAACAAAGAUAUCCGGAAGUUCCUUGAUGGUAUCUAUGUCAGUGAGAAGGGGCAAAUAGCCGAGGAGGAGUGAGAGUUAGUGGCCUACAU